CAUUCUCUUCCGCAUUCAGAACAUUGCUAGUUCUCUGGGGAAAGGCAGCAGGUGGAGUAAGAGUGAGGGUCCUGACUCUUAAACUUCAGCUGGUUAUUUCUGCUGAAAAGUUGACGUGUUCAGGAACAGACUUCUGAAGAACAGCUGUCCAGACCCUGCUGCAAGAGGCCAUGGGGAAGAGAGUGGCCAUCAUCGGAGCUGGUGUCAGUGGCCUGGCCUCCAUACGGUGCUGCCUAGAGGAGGGGCUGGAGCCCACCUGCUUCGAGAGGAGCAAUGAUGUGGGAGGCCUAUGGAAAUUCUUGGACCACACAGAAGAAGGCAGGGCCAGCAUUUACCCGUCCGUGUUCACCAACUCUUCCAAGGAGAUGAUGUGCUUCCCAGACUUCCCGUACCCGGACGACUACCCCAACUUCAUGCACCACACCAAACUCCAGGAGUACAUAAGGGCAUUCGUUCAAGAGAAGGGUCUUCUAAGGUAUAUACAGUUUGAGACCCUGGUUUCCAGUGUCAAGAAAUGUCCCAACUUCUCAGUCACCGGCCAGUGGGAAUUGGUUUUGGAAAAGAAUGGGAAGCAGAAAUCUACUAUUUUUGAUGCUGUCAUGGUUUGUUCAGGACAUCAUGUCUACCCCAAUCUGCCACGUGAUUCUUUCCCUGGCCUAGACCAGUUUCAAGGCCACGUCCUCCACAGCCGGGAGUAUAAGGACCCAGAAGCCUUCAAGGGGAAGAGGGUCCUCGUGAUUGGCCUAGGGAACUCGGGAUGUGACAUUGCUGUAGAGCUCAGUCGCUUGGCUACAGAGGUCAUCAUCAGCACCAGGAGUGGUUCCUGGGUCAUGAGCCGGGUUUGGGAUGACGGCUAUCCUUGGGACAUGGUGUGUGUCACCCGCUUUGCCUCCUUUGUCCAGAACGCACUUCCUUCAGCUGUCUCUGACUGGCUAUAUGUCAAGAAGAUGAACACAUGGUUUAAGCAUGAGAACUACGGCCUGAUGCCUCUAAAUGGCACCCUGAGGAAAGAGCCUGUGUUCAAUGACGAGCUCCCAUCCCGCAUCCUGUGUGGCACUCUGUCGGUCAAGCCUAAUGUGACGAAGUUCAUGGAGACCUCAGCCAUGUUUGAGGACGGGACCACGUUUGAGGCCAUUGACGCUGUCAUCUUUGCCACAGGCUAUACUUACGCCUACCCUUUCCUUGAUGACUCCAUCAUCAAGAGCAGAAACAACGAGAUCACCUUGUUUAAAGGCAUCUUCCCUCCAGCGAUGGAGAAGCCAACCUUGGCUGUGAUUGGCCUUGUCCAGUCCCUUGGGGCUGCCAUCCCCACCACUGACCAGCAAGCCCGCUGGGCCACUAAAGUGUUCACAGGCUCAUGUACCCUGCCAACUACAAAGGAAAUGAUGGAUGAUAUUGAUAAGCAAAUGAAGAAUAAACUCAAGUGGUUUGGCCACAGCCAGACUUUGCUGACAGAUUACAUCACAUACAUGGACGAGCUGGGCUCCUUCAUAGGAAGCAAGCCUAACAUACCAUGGCUCUUCUUGACAGACCCCCAGCUGGCCCUGCAGGUGUACUUUGGUCCUUGUAGCCCCUAUCAGUUCCGGCUCAUGGGACCAGGGAGGUGGGAUGGAGCCAGGAAGGCCAUCUUGACCCAGUGGAACCGGUCAAUAAAGCCAACAAGGACAAGAGCUGUCGGUGAAGCACAAAGACCCCACCCUUUUUACAACUUCCUUAAAAUGCUUUUAUUCUCACUGCUUCUUCUGUCCGUUCUCCUUACAUUUUAUUAAUGAGAAAGUCCUUUGGGUCUCAAAGUUCAGCCUACAAGUUUAAGUAUCGAUAUGCCUAUUCAUGUACACAUAUAAAAUCUCAUAGCUGCUCUUUCCCUUCCUGCAGAGGUAAAAAUGAAUUCUGGCCAAUUUGACUUCAAGUCCAAAUAAAAUGAAAACUACUCAGCUUCUCCUUCCUCAUGAGAAUCUAUACUCUCAAAGGCUUUCCACCUGCUGAAUUGGCAAGUUUGGAGAUGCUGUAGAUAAAGGAGAUGAGCAAGUGAAUGGCAGUGGACAGUCUGAACAAAGACUGUUUGUUUGCAGGCUGAACAAAGUUUAAUAAACAUUUUAAAGGCUGUUUUGUCAUGGGGACCAUCAACAUCACUGUUGAGUCUCCCAGCCUAUGACCCACUCGCUAUACCUUUCCACUUAUUUAGAUCUUUAAUUUCUCUCAGCUGUGUUUUAUAGUUUUUAGUGUACAAAUCUUUCCCAUUCUAUUUCAGGCUUACCCUAAGUAUUUCACAUGUGGGAUGUUAUUAUAAAGAGUACUUUAAUUUUUGCAAUUUCCUACUGUUUAUUGUUAACACAUAGAAAUGCAAUAAUUUGCUCUAUGUAGACAGUCAUGUUAUCUGAAAAUAAAGAUAGUUUUUUUUCCUCCCA